AUGUCUACUGAGUCUUUUGGAACUGGAGCAUCCGGGAAAAAUCAAAGCUUCGAUUCUACUUCUGUGGAUGAAAGUUUGGCUGAUUUUGAAGAAGCGGAAAGAAUCGCGAACAGCGAGGAGCACAUUGCCCUCGCCUUAGCAGAAUUGGACAAGGUAGACAAUGACGUAGCUUUGCUGCAGAAUCGAUCCGUUGCUGGUGGAAUUUAUAAUCCGCAAAUGUCUUCCGACCGAUACUUUGAGAGCGAGUAUUCUGGAAACGAAGUCGAUGACGCGGAUCAAACUCUCGAGCCUCAAGAAGAAGACGAUGACGACAUAGACGAAAAAGAGAAUCAUUUCAACGAAGGGGGCAUUUAUGACUCCUUUGACGGUGAAACUGCCUCCGAAAAUGAAGAUGACUUCGAAAAAAUGAUGGACGAAAUGGUGAGCGUUGUAGAAAGUCAAACAGCGGACGAGUCGGACGAUGGAAAAAGCUUCCUGUCUUUUAACUCUUCGCGCUACAAUAUUCCACGCUCGAUGGCCUCUCGAUCAGUAGUUGAAGAAGAACGAGCCAGUUCUAUUACAGAACCUUAUCGCGUGGCCCCUUCGGUGGCCUUGGCGCGGCCAACUCUUCCUUCAGGCCGCAGCUUCGAACUCGAUACUUCUGAAAAGCCUUUGACGCGCGCACGCAGCACUCCAAAACUCUCCAAGAGUGGCCCGAACGCACAUGCUGCACACUCCACCGGCAAUCAACUUGGGCGCGAAAAUAAAUGGGCCUCGAUGCCUUGGCUAACAACGAGGAAGUCGGUCUCAGAUUUUUCUGAUAUUUCAAAUAUCGACAACGAUAAUGUAAAAACGAAAAUCAAAACGCUGAAAAAUGAGAAGGAAAAGCAAGAUAUUGCUUACAAGAUUCUCCAGGAUGAUAACACAAAUUUAUCAAAAGAGCUGUCAAUAGCCAAGCAGACAAUCGACUCGCUUAGAUUGAACCCGACGAUGAACAUCAACUUCCCACAACAGCAGCCAGGAGCGGCCAUAGCUGGCGCGAUCCCGCGGUCGGCGAAAGUAAAAGAACUGCCCAAAGCGUCAAGCCCAAAACUACUCCCUUCUUCUUUCGCGACUCCAAAGUUAACUCAAGCACCGUAUAAAGGAGCGAGCAAUGCACAGCUCGCACGAAAUAAGCCAUAUUUGCAACAAGCUGACGAUGAUGACUACGACUACCCCAGUCCUAAUUUUGGAAAGAAUCACGAGCGCACUGUUAUUCAAGCGACUCCUAAUCGACUUAGCUACGAUUCGCACGUCGAUAAGCCAGCUACAGAUCAAGAGAACAGAGUCAAGGCGAAUCUGGCAAGAACAGAAUUGACGGACAUGAUCGAUGGAAUAGACCAGUCUAUGAAUAACUACAGGGACUUGGUGAAAAUGGGACAGAUCGAUGACAGUGAAAGAGAAGGUGUCUUAGAAAAUAUCGGAAGGAAUGAAAGAAAACUAGAGGAAGAUUACAUGUCGGCAAAGUCGGAUGUUGGCGAGAAACUCCUAGACCCGGAUGGUGUCAUCGGAGCGGAUAUCAUCCGCCUUGGUGAUGAGCUUGGACAACUUAAGCGGCAACAGGAGCUCGAUGCCAUCAAAUCUAUGAAAAAGAAAGCUUCAGCGGGCUCAGUCUCGUCUAAUCGUUCCUCAAAUGCAACUACAGUGGAAAGAAACAGAUGUGAAAGUCCUUCUCGAAUACCUGUUCAACCAGCUGCAGAAAAAUAUCGUCGAAGAAACUCGAGGCCAAGUCCUGUCGCUUCUCCUCAUUUACCGAAAAACAGCGUCAGUCAACUUCCUGUGAAAAAAGCGCAGCCAAACUCUAGCCGUCAAAGUAGCCGUAAAGGCAGUUUAACUCCUCAAAAAACACGAGCAAAUCUUGUCAAUGAGGCGGCUGGGCACAGCCUCGCAGAUUCCGGCAUUGAUUCCCGGGUGACAUCAAAACCAAUGUCCGAAAUCAGAAACUCGAAGAUCCCCUCGACGCGGGAUAUCAUCGAUGGAAGAAUCAAUUCUCUAAGUGAAAGUCUCAAGAGAAACCCGUUCGAUAAACAACGAAAAACAGAAAUGGUGCCUGGGAAAAGUAGCGAAGAAGAAAUCUUUCCUAGUGAGCGGAAAACAACUAGCUUCGGAAUUUCUGCAGCGCCAAUUAUGAAACAUUCAGUCACCCAAACUGAAAAAGACCAACCAGCUGCCCGACAACGAUCACAUAACUCUCAAAGAAGAACUGAUCAACCUAAAGAAAGACUAAGCAAAUAUCGAUCAACUGGGGAUAUUCGCAACUUGAACCAAAGUGAUGACGAGAUGAGUGUUUAUUCAGAGUCAGCUACAGAUGCAGAAACUGUAGUGAGAAACAGAAGACGACAGAAAUCUCCAAAGGGAAGAAGGUCGUUAAGAUCAUCACGACAAAACAUUGCGGCAGAAAGUGCACCUCAGCCACCGCCAACCGAGUACGUCUACCUCAAAGAAGAAAUCGACAAGCUAAAAGGACAGCUAGAACGUCAGAAACAUGAAAACGAAAUGAGCAUCAGAAGUGCGCAUAAACCCAUCAUCAGGGCAUCUAGCGGUGUCGAAAGCAGCACGAAUUUUGAUGACAGCGACUUCGAAACGCGUAGUUCAAGAAAAACAAACUCUAUUUUUGCAAAAUUACGAAAGGAAAUCAAAGGGCUGCGAGAAGAUUUGUACAAAAUUGCAACGCCUAAAAAUAGAUCGCGAGCAUCUUCGGUGAAUGGAGAGACAGAUGGAAACUUAACAGAUCCACACGAGCAAGAGCACAUUUCGUCUCCUCCCCGCCGCUCCCAGUCACCUAGGCGAUCGCAAACACACUCAAUUCCGCGAUCACAAGGUGUUCCCCUCAUGCCACAGCCAGUUCCUGCCGGAACCGCAGGAUUUCAAUACAUGCCGUUUCCAGUUGACUCGCAAAGCGGAAUGCCUCUUUGGCUUUUGCCUAAUAAAAGUCCCUUUGCUGGCUCUACGCCUAAUCUGACGUUGAUUGCGGACGAAGCUCCAAGAUCGAAAACUAAAUCUGGACGACUCAGAGUAGACUACACUUCCGACACGAACUCGGACCGAGACAGACGGUCCUCCAGAAGAGGAACACUCCUGCGAGCAUCGUCAAAUGUUCAAGUUUAUGACGCAGAUCUGGACAGGCGUUUGCGAAAGGUAGAACGAGCGUCCACAAAAGUCGACCGUGGUUCACGUGAACUUAUGCGAUCAGCUCAAUAUAAACACUACGGCUAUCUGUAG